AUGCCAAGUGAAGUAGGAUCUCAUAGUAAAGGAAGAUGGAGUCUUGAAGAAGAUAAAAAACUUCAGGAGUGCAAAGCUAAGCAUGGGGAGAGGAGCUGGGAUUUUGUGGCUGUCAAUUCAGGUCUUAAAAGGACUCCGAAAAGCUACAGAGAUCGAUGGUUGAAUUACUUAGCCCCGGAAGUGAUUCGCGGGAAGAUUAUGGGGGAAGAACAUGAAAAGCUUUUUCAACUCAACUCAAAAUGGGGAAACAAUUAUUCAAUGAUUGCAAGUGAGCUUCCUGGAAGAACUUAUGAGCAAGUUAGAAGCUAUGAUAGAAUGAUGGAUCGAAGGAAAAGAAAGCAGAACCCCGCUGAUAGUAUUGAGGAGCCAACACGAGAGCUAAUAAGACAGGAUUGUGCUCGGGAGUUAACUCUAGAAGAUACGGAAAUGCAGCGAAAGAAACUAGAAACAAAGUUCACUAACUCAUAUGCACUUGAGUCUACUGAUGUCUCAUUCUCUCGCAACAACGCUGACAUUGAUAGUAAGUUAGAGUCAGUAGGAGAGCUAAUUCCAAAAGUGAUGGAAAUGGCGCGAGAGCUACUAAAAACAUAUUAG